UGGUUUGUUGAGGCCGAGAGGAAAUGGCUCUCGGUUCUUCGAAGAAGAAAGUGAAGCGCAGGAGUUCAGAGCUCUCCGCUUCCAUGGCUUCCUCGUAUCCAGCGCAACCCAAGGCCCUCGCAUCCCGCUCUAAGAAGCACUCAGGGAUCCUCAACGCAACCUGCCUCCUUCCCACGCUGCUCGCUCUCUCCCUCUUUGUCUUCUUCUUUGUCUUUUGGAAGAACAUCGAUGCCCUGGAAUCGGAACCUCUGUUCUUCACCAUCGAUGUCGUUAAAGAGUUCCCUCACGACCCCGAUGCCUUCACGCAGGGGCUUGUAUAUGGAGGAAAUGAUACAUUAUUUGAAUCAACAGGUCUUUAUGGAAGGUCAUCAAUCAGACGGGUUCAUCUUCAGACUGGGGAGGUUCAGGCUUCUCAUCAAAUGGGCAAGUCCUUUUUUGGGGAAGGUCUUACUCUUUUAGGUGAAAGGUUAUUCCAAGUUACUUGGCAGACAAAAAUUGGUUUCGUGUAUGAUCGCAAUAAUCUUAGCAGACGUAAAAAGUUUACUCAUCAGAUGCAGGAUGGGUGGGGAUUGGCAACAGAUGGAAGGGUCAUAUAUGGGAGUGAUGGAAGUUCGACACUUUAUCAACUUGAUCCCCAUACAUUCAAAGUCCUUGGAAGUGCUACUGUGCGGUAUAAGAAUCAUGAAGUUCCACAUCUCAAUGAACUGGAGUACAUAAAUGGUGAAGUAUGGGCCAAUGUGUGGAUGACUAAUUGCAUUGCUAGAAUUUCUCCAAAAGAUGGAAUGGUGCAUAGUUGGAUCCUUCUCCAUGGAUUGAGGCAAGGCCUGUUACAAUCUGGGUAUACUGGAAUAGAUGUUCUGAAUGGCAUUGCAUGGGAUGAAGAAAGUAAUCGGCUGUUCGUGACAGGGAAGCUCUGGCCAAAGCUUUACGAGUUCAAGUUGCGUCCGGUGACAUCCCCGCUUGAUGGGUCGAUACAGAAACUAUGUCCAUUGCAUUCCUAAAAUGAUGGAUUGUUCUCAAUACAAGGAAAAUAAAUAGAUACAGAUGAAGAAUUGAAUUUAGAGAAUGUUGGAAACAUGAAUUGUAUGAAAAGCAGCUAUACUUGUCAUGAACUCCGACAAAUUUGUUGCACUUCAGUUAGGUUGUACUUA